AUGGCGAGAUUCACUGUCCUUUUUCUUGCUUCUAUUUUUUGCUUUACUUUGGGGCUUGCUAUGCCGAGACGAGACGAUGGUGUUGCGUUAGACAUAAGUGCUCAAACUAUCAACACUAGUGCUUCACGAAACAACCGUCGAAGAGAUUCAACGCGCAAUGGGAAUCAUCAACAUCUACACCCAGUUGCAAGAGAUAUUGACGAAAAGCGUACUCUACAAGACAAAGAUGUUCGUCAUGGAAAUAAUAGAAGGCUUCAUCGAAUAGCAAGAGACGUAUUAAGCGCUAAAACCAUCACCAAUCCAGCACAAUUCCUACCUCAUAUAUUCCACGAAGCUCCAACUCCUAACCGCCACACCCGUCUAACAAUCCGCAACGAAACAUCCUCUCCUCCCCCAGACACCCCCAACAUCAAAUCCCUCCCAACCUGCCACAUCCAAGGCGACGCCUCCCCCGAACUAACAGCCUCCCUUUUCGGAACCUACAACCUCCCCGACAUCCUCUCCUGCCAAUCCUACUGCCGCACAACCCUCAUCCACACCUGUCUCUCCCACUCCUUCUCCCCCAACCUCACCAGCCCCUGCACAAUCUACGCACUCGCCCUCAACAGCACCCUCCUCCCCUCGUCCUCAGGAAUCUACUUCAGCAACCACUUCCCCAGCGACAACAGCGAUUACUGCUACGGCGACGAGCACGUGGUGCGGAAAUCGAGCUUUGCAAUUGCAAUUGUCCUGUUGCUGGUGCUAGGCGCGUUGGCAUUGACAGGCGAUCAGGUGUACCAUUGGAUGAUGCAUAAUUGGGCGAGGCAUAAGAGGAUGUUGGGGCGGGAGGAGGUUACUGCGCCGGGGAUGUUGAGUAUUGAUGCGUAUGCUACGGAGGAGGUUAGGGAGGUUGAGGAGAUUGAGAAUGUGGAUGACGAUGAUGGAAGUGGAGGUGGGGAUAAAAAGGGAGAUGGAGAUGGGGAUGGGGGCAAGGAUGGAGGGAAGAAUUGGGAGGUACAUCCUGAGUUGCAUAAAGAUAGGUAUUGGGUUUGA